AUGUCGCGUGCAUGGUUCUACCCAUACGGCAUCUCGGACUCGGCCCACGGCAACCGUCCUACCCAUACGGCAUCUCAAUCAGAUAUCCUGGCUAAGAUCCUUGGUGGCGACGAGUCCCCUCCGCCAAGCAGGCUCCAGAGGGCAAACCGGGUGGACCCGUCCGGCGUCAAUUUCGCCGUGGCGGGCUCCGGCGUGUUCGACGGGGAGGCGACCUCGCUCCGCAGGCAGGUGGACCAGCUUGCGAGCCUGGUGAACAGCGGGAUCGUGGAGGCUCGGGACCUGGAGCAGUCGGUGGCGCUCGUCGCCGUCUCCGCCGGGCACGACUACAGUGGGAUCAUCACCUUCACCUUCGAGACAAGCUCCAACGACAUGAGGGCCUUGACCGGACAGGUGACUGACGAGAUCGCCGCCGCCGUGAGGCAGCUACAGGACCUGGGCGUGAGCAAGGUGCUGGUGAACCUGCUCCCCGCGCUGGGCUGCAUGCCAUGGCUGUCCGUGGGCAGCAACUACAGAAACUGCGACAGCCACGGCAACACGCUGGCCUCCAUGCACAACAGCGCGCUCAGGAACAAGCUCGAAUCAUCAUCACAAGAUGUCCUCCUGCUCGACCUCUACAGCAUCUUCAGCAACAGGGCGCAACCCAAUGUAGGUCCGUGCUGCAAGAACCCUGACCCCAAUGGGUACUGCGGCCAGGAGGACCGCAGCGGCAGAGCGCUGUUCCGCAUCUGUGCCAACCCCGGCAGCGUCUUCUUCUGGGACUACAUCCACCCGUCGCAGUCUGGCUGGGAGUCUGUCAUGGAACAACUGGAAGGACCCAUUGAGGAUUUCUUAGGGAUCGAGUCUUCGUGGUAG